GUGUGUUUAGGCAGCUGCAGCAGGAGUCUUGUGUGUGGCUCAGUGGCUGGAGGACAGCAGCAGCAGUGGGAGCAGGAUACAUCCCAAACCGAGCAAACAUGAUGGAAGCUGUGAGAGCCGUGGCUUGGCUGUACCUGCUGGUGGGCGUCUCGCUUCAGGUGGACGCGAAAAGUGGGAAGGAAGAAGGGAGAGUCGGGAAUUUCAUGGAAGAUGAGCAAUGGCUGUCAACCAUCUCCCAGUACAGCCAUAAGACAAAACAAUGGAAUCGCUUCAGAGAUGAAGUUGAGGAUGACUACAUCAGGAAUGCUGAGGAGACCACUGGCUCUGAUGAAACUGUCGACACCACUAAGGACCCCUGCCAGAAUGUGAAGUGCAGCCGGCAUAAGGUGUGCGUUGCUCAGGGCUACCAGAGGGCCACGUGCAUCAAUCGCAAGAAACUGGAGCAAAGAGUUAAACAGUCAGGACAACAGGAGCUCCAUGAAAGCAGCUGUAAGCCUUGCCCUGUUGCUGCAUCUUCACCCGUAUGUGGCUCAGAUGGACACAACUAUGCUUCAGAGUGUAAGUUGGAGCAGCAGGCUUGCCUCACAGGCAAAGACCUGAAGAUCAUGUGUUCUGGAUUUUGCCCCUGCGCCACUUCUCCUGCAGCAAACACUGACAUAAAACAUGAGAGCUGCACUGGCCAGGACCUGGCUGACUUAGGCGACCGUCUUAGAGACUGGUUCCAGCUCCUUCAUGGAAACGCAAAGCAGAACAACUCUGGGAAGCCGGGAGCUAGCACCACCUCAGUGCUGGAAAAAAGCCUGGUUGCCAGCUGCAAGGACUCCAUCGGCUGGAUGUUCUCUAAGCUGGACACCAACAGCGACCUGUAUCUGGACCAGGCUGAGCUGGCUGCCAUUAACUUGGACAAGUAUGAGGUCUGCAUCCGGCCCUUCUUCAACUCCUGUGACAGCUACAAAGAUGGGAAGGUCUCCACAGCAGAGUGGUGCCUCUGCUUCUGGAGAGAAAAGCCACCGUGCCUCGCUGAGCUGGAGAGGAUCCAAGUGCAGCAGGCUGCCAAGAAGAAGCCUGGCACCUAUAUUCCCAGUUGUGAUGAGGACGGUUACUACAGGAAAAUGCAGUGUGAUCAGAGCCGAGAGGAAUGCUGGUGCGUCGACCUGCAGGGAGAGAUGAUGGGCUCCAGAAUCCAUGGAAAUCCAGACUGCGAUGAAGUAGCUGGAUAUUCUGGAGACUUUGGUAGUGGAGUCGGAUGGGAAGAUGAAGAGGAGAAGGAGGCAGAGGAAAACGGGGAGGAAGCAGAGGAAGAGGAAGAGGAGGAGGGUGAAGCAGAUGAUGGAGGGUACAUCUGGUAGAACUGAAAAUCAACAGGCAUGGCUCCAACCUUAAACAGGGGAUUCUGGAAUAAAGCUGGAGAGGAAUUGAGUUGUUAUUAUGAAUCUUAAGGUGCCACACAGGUUUCGGUAAUAAGAUGAUGUGCAGUUAAUUUUCUUUCUUAGGUACGUGUAAUUGCUUCAACCUUUUCUCUGUUUUUGAGCAACAGAGCUUUGUGUUUUUUUGUCCUGAAAAUGGGGUAGCCACUGACUCUCACGCCAUCAGUAAGUAAAGUCUGUAAAAAUUUGUAUCUUGUACUAUCACCAUCUAUGCAUAGAGAGAUUAAAAGCAAUUUUGUAUUGUGUAAACAGUUGCUUAAGUAUUAAACUUGCCGUCCCACUGGAACGAAUAGAG